AUGGUUCAUCUUCUAAACGAUUACAACACAAACUUACCUCACGAGAUUUCAAAAAGACAAAUAUUUUCUAAAUUAAUCAUUUGUCAUAUUGAUGAAAGCUCCAUAUAUGAUGAUUCACAGUCUACAAUAAAUCAAGUUGAGAAUCUUUUUGAAAAAUAUAAUUGUCAAUUUAUUGGAGUAAAAUUAGAACAUAUAUAUUUACCAGAUUACACUUUUAGUGGCUCAUAUAAUAGAGAUUUAGAAGUGAUAAAUAAUAAUUUUGAUAGAUCAAAGCAAGCAAAAGAAAAUUCAAAUAAUAAUAUCAAUGGACGUGGUUUUACAUUACCUUUGGAAAUAUCUGCUCAAGAAGAUUCAUGGUUUAAAGGUUUAGUGGUUUCAAGACCUAUGAAAGACAUGCUAUCAAAAGAGAUUGGAAUUUAUAAUCAUUUUCUUGAAUUGGAUAUAAUCUUUACUCCAACUCUAACAACCAUGAAAACAUCAUCUAAAGCAAGCAUAGAUAAAUUAACUGAAGAUUUUAUUGUUGGGUUAGAAAAGGAAUAUCCGUCAACUGUAAGUACAAUCGUUAGAACUGCAGCUAAACUUAACACAUCAAAUUCCAUUGAUCCAGAAAAUCGUUGUGUGAUUUGUUUUUUCAGCACCAGUAAUGGUUUCUGUUGCUCUAAAGAUGUUGAUAAAUCUUCUUUUUCAUCGUGUUGUUCAAAUAUCAACACAAACAACAGUUCAACAGAUUUAAAUGUUGUUGAUAUUAACGAUUUGAUUUGUUAUUCAUGUCGUGUUAAUCUUCGAGAUGUUAACAAAUCCAUUACUUUGCCGCCAUACAUCACUGAAGAAGCUGAAAAAAACUCGAGGCGAAACGAUUUAUAUAAACAAAUCGAGAAUUUCAUGUUAAUGAUGUAA